AUGGCACGAAUCACCGUUGUCGGAGCUGGCAUCACCGGACUUGCGAUAGCGGCACAGCUCUCUCGCAACCACGAGAUCACCGUGGUCGCCAAGAAUCUCCCGGGCGAUGAGCCGACAACUGAAUGGGCGAGCCCGUGGGCGGGCGCUAAUUUCGUGGCAGGAUACUGUUCUUCACCUUGCGACAGGAGAAGGCAGCGUGACACCUUUAGCGAGUUGUGGAGGCUGGCCAGCAGGUUUCCAGAGUCUAGCGUCAAGAAGAUCACGAUGGAGGAGUUCUUCAAUGGAGAGCGGACGGGGGACGAUCUGUGGUUCAGGGAGUUUGUGCCCGAUGUAUGCGAUGCAGAAGACCUAAGAAAAGGUGCUGAUCUGGAUAGUUUCGCUUCCUCGCAAACGACGAGCUUCCAGAAGGGACCGAUGGGGGAUACUCCUGUGUAUACAACAAUCGUUCUAAACCCGGACAUCUUCCUCCCUUGGAUGAAGCGCAACCUUGAGAACUCGGGGGUCAAGUUCAAGAGGCUCGAUCUCAGCUCGCUAUCGGAUGCGCGACAUCUCGGGCACGACGUUCUUGUAAAUGCGACGGGAUUGGGGCCCAGGGAUCUGGCGGAUGUUCAGGACAAGGGCAUGCUGUUCCUGAAAGGGCAGAUCAUGAUAGUGAAGAGUGACUACAAGAAAACUAUGAUGCGCGACGAUGGGGAGACCUACACAUAUGUGAUCCCCCGAUUGGACGGGACGGUGAUCAUGGGCGGCAUUCGAGAUCCGGACAUCAGCAAUACCAAGGUCGAUCUGGAGGUUGACAAAGAUAUUGCGAGAAGGGUGAACAAAACCCUGCCGGAGCACUUCUCUGCCGACCCAGCAGACUACGGCAUUGUCGGGCACAAUGUGGGCAUUCGGCCGUACAGGUCGACGGGAAUGCGCAUCGAGAAGGAGGUCAAGGAAGGCCAGAACAUUGUGCAUGCUUACGGGAUCACUGGAGGGGCGUACAUCUUCGGGUUCGGGGUGGCGCGAGAGGCGGCCGGGCUUGUCGACGAGUUCCUGUUCCCAGCCGGAAAGGCACGUCUUUGA